GCAAACGAAACCAAAUAAAUACUCUUAUCCCUCUUCAAUAUUCUCUCACUAGGAAGCUUCCUCGAAGCUGACUAUGGCCUUCUACUCUCUCCGCCCAUUUAAUCUCCCCCUCCUUCCUCUCUCCUUCCACUCAUCCCCUCCUCUUCAUUCUCCUUUCACCACUCGUUUUUCUUUCUCUUUUUAUCCUCCAUAACAUAAUGAAGCUCCUCAAAAACAUCCCCAACAAGCUCUUCAAGUCCAAAAAAUCCCGCUACAUCUCUAGAUCCGAAGACCCAUCAUUCGGGUCGGGCACAACCUCGUCUUGUUCCGAUUCCGAGUCCCAUCGCGGCUUCAAAAAACCCGAUGGUCUUGCCACGCCAACCAGCGUGUUACCACCCAACAAUAUCUCAGCCGACGAAUGGUCCGAAAUGUUACAAGCCUUUCACAUGAUUGACAGUGACGGCGACGGGAAGAUUCGGAAGGAACAGCUGGAAGCUAUUCUUACCCGAGUUGGACCUGACCCGCCAAGCGAAGAGGAAUUAAUAUCAUUGCUUAAUGAAGUAGAUAGGAAUGGAGAUGGAUGUAUUAGCUUAGAGGAGUUCGGAGCCAUUAGCUCGGCGUUUGGGCCGCCGGCUUGUGACGAUGAACUGAGAAAUGCUUUUGAUUUCUUUGACGCCGAUCACGACGGAAAGAUAACGGCGGAGGAGUUGUUUAGCGUGUUUAGAACUAUUGGAGAUGGACGGUGCACGUUAGAGGAUUGCCGGCGUAUGAUAAGAGGCGUGGAUAAAAAUGGAGAUGGAUUCGUAUGCUUCGAGGACUUUUGUCUUAUGAUGGAACAGCAAAGAUGAUUGAUAGAAAAUAAUUAUCUUGAUCUUGCUGGAAAUAAUUAAGUCCUUUGAUUCUUUCCCUUUUUUUUUCAUUUCUGGAAAAAGGAUGUGUUUGUUUAAGAGUGGGGAUUAAUUAGGAUUAAUCGAACGGCUAGGAUUGAUCCAUUUUGGAGGUUGUAUCAAAAUUAAAUCGUAAAUAUAUGGGAGAACAAAUUCCUCCUUUUUUACCCAUGAACCGAAAUGGAAUUGGCUUAUAUACAUAUAUGUAAUUUUAGGUUUACAUUGUAUCAACGUUAUUUCUUUGUUGUUUUAUUUAUAUUCUUCUUUUAUCUUUUAUUUGUAUUUUAAUGGAGCUACAAAAAUGGGGGACGAGGAAAGAUGUUUGUUUCA